UCUAAAGCUAGUUUGAGACUUUCAAACAUGGAUGCACAGUACACACCACCCACCUCUCGGACGUUAGGGCGCACAACGGAAGUGAGCGGGUUGUCUCAAACAGAUCAGACACGACAUGGCGUGUUUGCUAGCAAGCAGUAGCAACACAGGCUCAACAAUGUUUUCUUUAACACGGCAAACAAAUCAGCGCUUAUGGACAUGCUGCUUUUUUUUGGUGAUUUAUUUAACGUCGCUACCAGUUUCGGCAAAGCGGGACGGCCUCAGAGAAGUGACCGACGGGACCUGGGAGGAAAUCCUUACAGGAGAAUGGAUGAUUGAAUUCUACGCACCCUGGUGUCCAGCUUGCCAACAGCUCCAACCGGCAUGGAAGGAGUUCGCGGACUGGGGAGAGGACAUGGGGGUCAACAUAGCCAAGGUGGACGUCACAGAACAACCCGGUCUGAGUGGGCGAUUCAUCAUCACUUCACUUCCUACUAUUUACCACUGUAAGGACGGCGUUUUCAGGAAGUACCAGGGAGCUCGCACUAAAGACGACUUCCUCAGCUUUGUCGAUGAGCAGAAAUGGAGAGCAGUCGAGCCAAUUUCCUCUUGGUUUGGCCCAUCUUCAUUUCUAAUGAAUUCUAUGUCUGCUUUGUUCAAGCUCUCCAUGUUUAUCCGGCGUUGUCAUAACUACAUGACAGAGCAGCUGGGGAUUCCUGUUUGGGGGUCUUAUGUUAUCUUUGGCUUGGCCACCCUGUUGUCUGGCCUUGCAUUGGGACUGUUACUGGUGUUCAUCGCAGAUUUUGCCUUCCCCUCACGACGCUUCUCUUCUUCAGAUUACUACCAGAAAAAACAGACUAUGGAGCAGGCAAGGUUAAUCCAACGGCAAGAGGACGAACAUGAGGCCGACGGCGAGGACGACGAUGACGAAGAGGAGGAAGACGACGAUCAAGAUGAUGUCUGGAGGAGGAGAGGGAGAGGGUCCCCAGAGGGCCGCCCAGAACCUAGGGGACAGGGUUUCUCUGAUGAUGCGCUGAGGAAGAGGGUGGUGGCCAACCGUGAGGAGGAGGACGACGACAACGAUGAGGAGGAGGACACCUAGAGAGUCCCACGGUUCCUACUCCUUUAGAGAAGAGCGUCACGGAGGCAGCAAAGUCGAAGAAGCUUUGGUCCCGAGCUGCAGUGUUUACAGCUAACCUCCCCUUCUCCUCCUCCUCCUCCUCCUCCAGGGCCCCCCCUUGCUUCUAUUGUUCUCCCUCUUGUUUUUUAACGGGAGCGCUCGAGACUCUCUCUAUCUGAGCUGCAGGCUCCACCUGGAAAAAAAA